ACACUGUGCUGCUCGCAGCUCCUCCCACCCAGCUAUAAGAGCCCAGUUGACCAGGUACUUAUCGUCCAUCCCUGAAAUAGACCAGUCCUAACUGACUUGUGGAAAGUCGGUCAGCUUUAUUAAAAACGUCCUUUUUUUUCGCAGGUGGUUACAUGCAGCCUGCAUACUGAGAUGCCGGAUUGGUCCCUGCGUUUGUUCUCGGUCUGAUCUUACAGAGGAGCAGGACCGGGACUCGUAACUUUUAAAGAUGACUUUUGCCAUGCUGCGGCCUGUGGCGACACACUUGAUCUAUUCAGACUUGACCAUCACGUCCGAGGAUGAUGAAAACCGCAGCGAAAGCGACGGCAGCUCGGAGCAAAGUUACUGCGACUCCAGCGAAAAACGAAGACGGAUUUCGCGCGAACUGGAUGGCGAGCCCCCGGUGGUCGUGAAACAGAGGAGCGCAGCUAACGCUCGGGAGAGAGGCAGGACCCAGAGUGUCAACACCGCGUUCACAGCUCUUCGGACUCUCAUACCCACCGAGCCAGUGGAUAGAAAGCUCUCCAAGAUUGAAACGCUUCGACUUGCGUCCAGCUACAUUUCCCAUCUGGCCAACGAGCUUCUUCUCGGAGACGGCGGCGCUGAUGGACAGCCGUGCCUCGGCGCGGUUCAUGCGCAAGGAGAGAGCGGGGCGCUGAAGCCGCGGACCAUCUGCACCUUCUGCUUGAGCAACCAGAGAAAAGGGAUAAAGGAUGCCAAAGACUGUUUAAAAAUGCGAAGGAUGGGUCCGCUGCGAAUGAGGCGCUGACUGAAGACCAGGGAACUAUUAGCAACCUGAAAAUCCUCAAAGACUUUCUCAGGGAAGAGUCGAAGCUGGUGUUACAUAGCGCACACACACACACACACGCACACACACACUUACAUGCUGGAUCAAAUGAUG